AUGAGCGACAUUUGGAAUAGAUUUUUCAAUGGAUACAGUUAUAAUAAUCAUACAUCAAAUACACAAGUUCCUGCUUCAUCAGGAAAUUAUCAUAUUCAUCACGUUUACUUUACAAACCUUAAUUCACGAAUUGUUUAUUUUUCUGGGAGUAAUGAAAGCAAACUUCUUAUAUCAUUUUGCGUUUUUGAUUCUAAUUCUGGCAAUAACAAAGGCGUUAAUAUUUACCAAGUAGAAGGCCAAUGUGUUCAAUAUCGAAUUUGUAGUUACAGCUCAACAACAAAUAAUAAUUAUCCACACUCAUAUAUUAACGUAACAAAUAAUCAGGAAUACAAAAAUUACUUAAUUGAAUCAACAAUUACUUUAAGUAAGGGAAAUUCAGGCCCAAUAUAUCAACAAUUUGGUGAUAUUAAAAUUCAUAAUGUGAAUAUUUCAAAUUCAGAAUCGUUCCAACAUGAUUCAGUUUACUAUUUAUAUGCAUCUCAGUUAACUGCAUCAAUUUCAUAUUCGACAUUCUUUAAUAACACAGCCAAAUAUUAUAGAAGCUUAUGCCAUCAAUAUGGCAAUAUUAAUAUCAAUUAUAGUAAUAUACUUUCAAAUCAAUGCCGACAAGUUUAUUAUACUGAUAACGGAAUUAUUUAUGCAUCUAGUAAUUCUAUAGUUACUGUUGAACAAUGUAUUUUAUCAAACAAUAAAGGCUACUAUUUAUUCUGUACAAAAAAUGCUGGUAAACAAAUGAUUAUUAAAUUCUGUUACUUUCCAUCAAAUGAAAUCAUUGAAACAGCUUAUGGCCCAGUAACUACAUCAACUAAUAACUCACUUCAAAUUAAUAAUGAACAUUUCAAUACAGCAAUGUGUUAUGCACCAAAUCCAUUCAAAUCAAUUACACUUCAAUCAGUUAAACUCGAAAGAACAGAAUACUAUUACAAAAUUGACAGAUAUAUCAAUGUUUCCGGAAAUGGAAAAUGCGAUAUAAAUAGUAUUACAAUUUAUUGUAUAAUAGAUGGUUAUGAUGCAUAUGAAUUAAAUAAUCGUACUUUAUCUUAUCAAGAGAAUGAUAUGACAUAUAGCUUCACAGGAUUUUGUGAAAUUCCAAAUACUGUUAAUGAACCAGGUAAUCAUAGUUUGUCUGUUCAUGCCAGUAAUGGUAUAGAUAUCUCAAAAUCUGUAAGGUCUAAAUUCUAA